AUGGAGGGGAUACUUCACAAACAAACAGGCGAAAUACUUACAUUUGUUGAGGCAAUUCGUCAGGGUCUUCUUGAUCUAAGUAGCGGUGGUGAAUUUUUUGAUAUUGUUAGUGGAUCACGUGUUUCUUUAGACAAAGCGGUUGAGAUGGGUUAUAUUAGCGAGAACAUAACAGAAAUACUUAAUGGCAGGCAUGGAAUUAGACAUCCAGAAACUGGUCAAGAAUUAACUUUGAUGGAGGCAAUUCAAAUCGGUUUAUACGACCCAGACUCUCGCCAACUACGUGAUAUUAAAACUGGCGAACUUCUUUCGCUUUUUGAUUCUCGGCAUAUUUGCCCAACAGAUGUACAACAUCGUCUUAUUAAAAUGGGCGUUUUAAAAUUACCCCCAAUGGAAUUAGAACAGGCAUUAAAGAAUGGUGUUCUUAAUCCUCAGACGGGCGAAUUCCGAGGUAAAUUUGUGCAAGAAGCUGUAACUUUCCGUGAUGCUCUUGCAAAUGGAUAUAUUCAAUUCCCAAGUGGACAACCCUUAUUAGCUCUAACUUUGACUGAUUGUAUAGAAGAUGGUUUUAUUGACUCUCAUUCUGGAGAAUUUAUUGACAAAUCUGGAGAACGUUUUACACUCAGAGAAGCAUUAGACCGUCAACGACCUUUGAUUAGAGAUAAUACUCGUGAAUGUGUUAACACAGCACUCAAUCAACGUGUAACCGUUGCUGAGGCAGUUCUAGCUAAUGCUCUAAAUCCAAGGACAGGGAAAUUCACUGAUUUACAAAGUAGAAUUGAACUCAGCCUUAAAGAGGCUCAUGAUUAUGGAUUGAUACAGGCAAGUCAUUAUGACAGCAAUGGACUUUUCCUUGACCGAGGCAAUCGUUUUACUCUUCUCGAGGCCAUCAAUGCUGGAUGGCUUGAUCCAGAUGUUAGACAUAUUGUUUCCGAACAAGAUCAAGAAGUUAUUUCGAUUGCUGAUGCAUUGGAACGUGGAUUGCUUACACCUGAUGGUCGUAUAAAAUUGGAUUCGACAGAAAGCGCAGGAGCUCAUGGCAGACAACUUGAUUUAUAUGACGCACAAAGACAAGGCUUACUAAUUCGACGAAUACGCCAUACUAUUUUCGAUGUAAAAGGAAUCCGAAAUACAGAAAAUAAUGCAAACUUGAGUUUUAAUGAAGCGGUUGAAGCAGGAAUACUUCAAUUGCCUUCUGAACGUGUUGUUGACCAGCAUCGUCGACAAAAUUAUUCUUUAUCUGAUGCUGUUCGGGAAGGAAUACUUGAUUCUGCUUUAGCUGACAUUUUAAGUUCUCCUUCUGGUCUUUCUGAAAAUGGCGUUGAAGUAACACUUAUUCGAGCUGUAGCUAAAGGAUUAGUAGAUGCAAAGAAAGGCGUUAUAAUUGACCGAUCACAACGUGAACUUUCUGUUCGGGAAGCUUAUAGCAAUGGAAUCUUUGGAUCAUUGCGUGCUGCAAUGAGAUUGGCUGCUUUAUUUGAUGUGCAUCCAUUGUUGAUGACUGCAGUGAAAAAACGUCACCAAACUCGAAAAAGAAUUCACCGACCUGGGACUGUUUCUGGCGGAGCAUUACCUGAAGAUCAAGUAAAAGUAACGUUGGCUGAGGCAAUGCGAAUGGGUCUUGUAGAUGCACGAACACAGCGCUUCCGACAGGGCAAGAACGAAAUGUCUUUGGAUGAUGCUUUGCAUCAAGGAUUAAUAGAUCCACAUAGUGAAUGGAUUGUUCCAUCUCGAGCAUCAGGGGUUGGUCCAACCAUUGAAGAACGCACCCAAGAAACUGUUACAGAAACUGGCCAACAAUUGGCUCCAAAAAUUUUCCCAGACAAGGAAUUACAAGAAUCAGUUCAGACUGUUCAUCGCGUCAAGCGUACAGAAACAAGCGCUGUCGGAGGACCUGGAGGUGUUAGUGUAUAUCGUGCUGUGACUGGAGGAAAAGAUUCUAUUGAAGUACCUGAAAAUGGUUUUCAUGUUUUGGAGGCCGAACGUAAAGGGCUACUUGAUUUAAAUACUGGAAUUGUGCGACCUCCUGGCACAGAUAAAUCUCUCAAUUUGGAGGAAGCAUGCCUUUUGGGAGUUCUUAACCCUUCAUCAGUCUCAAUCCGUGAUACACAAAGUGGCCGUAGUCUUAAAAUCGAUGAAGCUUUAAAACAAAAGUUGAUUGACAGACAUGGUUUUGUUGAACAUCAUGGUCGUCGACUUUCUCUACAACAAGCAAUUGAUGAACGAAUUGCACAUGUCGAGCCAGAACCGCCAGCUCUAAUCACUGGGGCUAAAAAGAAGUUAAUUCAAUUUUCUUCCGCAGUAGGUGCUCCUGUAGCUUUUCGACCUGUUGGACACCCGGUUGUUGAAGAAUCUGAACAUGCUUGGACCUUCGAUUCAAACCGUGGAGUGUUCAUUGACUUAAAUACUAAAGAAAGUAUUCCAUUGGAUUCAGCAAUCCGUUCUGGCCAUUUAUCACCUGAUGAUUUGCGUGCCAGAGAUGCGUUAACAGGAAGAGAAUUUACAUUGACUGAAGCUGAAAAAUGGGGAAUUGUUAAUAUUCGAGAAGGAUAUUAUCUUGACAAAACUGAUAAUAAACGUUAUUCAUUUACUGAAGCUGCUAGACAACACAGAAUUUAUCCGACUGGAGGAGUUCCAGAGAAUGCUGCAGAUGCUCUUCAAACUACUGUUCGAGUACACAAACGUACUGAGGUUGCAACGAAAGAAGCAGUCCCCACUACUGCUUCUGGAGUUUCUGGCUUUCACUCCCCAACUGAUUAUAAUCUUAAUCGUUAUGUGGAUCAACGUCAUUUUGAGCCAUCAACUGGUCUUUUCACACAUCCAGACGUUCAAAAGCAGAUGACUCUUAAAGAAUUAAUUAUCAAAGGGCUUCUUAACCCCUAUAGUACAAAAAUUGUUGAUCGUGUAAAGGGAACAGAAUUGAGAUUGUUGGAUGCUAUACAAGAGAAUAUUGUUGAUGAUGUAGCGGGAACUGUACGUGACACCCAAACAGGGAAAGUUUAUGAUUUUUCUGCGGCUGUUAGACAAGGUCUAGUGAAAGAAGAUCUUCGCCCAUUAGCCAUAGAAUCAACUUCACAUGUGCCGGUUUUUGAGGAAAGGCGAGCCAGUCGAAUAUCCGCAGGCGGCGGCUCGCCUAAAUUAGUAGAACGCAAACUUCAACUUACACCAUAUGCCCAGGAGCCGUUCCGCCGCAGUGCUGGUGAAAGUCUUUCGCCUCCCUCUGUUCGACGUAGCGGAAGCGCUGGUGGUGGUUCGCUUGGUGAGACUGGUUUUGGGAGUGGACGAGGAACCUCAACAUGGUCAAUUGGAGGUGGAGGACCAACUCAACCUAAACAACAUCGUUUAAGUGGAACCGUUGCUGAUUCUUCGCCUUCAUACUUUGGGCGAGAAUUUUCUUCUACAACUGCAGCACCUACUGGCGCCGUCGUUAGUGGCCCUUUGGGUACUUUAACUGGUCCAAAUGAAAGAAUGGUUGAUUUAGGCGGAGGAAAGACUGUAAAAGUUAAUGUGAUUCGUGGAGCAGAUGGUUUAGAAAAAGGCGAAUAUUUUGAUCCAGCUAGCAACAUGAAAUUUACCAUUCAACUUCACGGAGAUCCUAUUACUACUCAAACAAGCACAAAAGUUCGAUCAACUUCGCAAGUACAAUCAGUUGAAUUAGAACCUCAUGCUCAAUUUGUUGGCAUCGAUCAAAUCAAAGAUUUGAGAAAUGGUCGUGUUAUGUCUUUAGCAGAUGCUCAACGUCUCGGACUUGCCCGUGUUGACCGCAAAGGACGACUUAGCACUAGGGAAUAUAGCGCUUUUCGGUCAAACAUUGAAUUGGCAGUUAAUAAAGGAGUGAUGAAUGCUAGAGGAGAAAAACUUUCUUUGGAAGAAGCUAUUAGACAACGAUUAAUUGAUAUUAGGGAACUUAAGUACAUUCAUCCACGAAAUGGUGAGGCUAUUGACUUGAGUAGUGCCGCUAACCAAGGACUGGUAGAUGUAACAUUAGCGGAAACAUUGCCCAGUGGAAUACACCAUCCUGGAACUGGCGAAAAAAUAAGUGUAAGAAGAGCUAUUGAUCUUGGAAUUAUUGACGCAAGAACUGGUGCUGUUCGACAUCCUUUCACAGGCGAACCUCUCAGUUGGGUGGAUUUAACGAGAAAAGUUUACAACGCAAUCACUCAAAAUGGGGUUUAUGAUCCUCGAAAAGGAUAUGCCAUCCCUGUAACUUCUGCUUUAGCUGAUGGAUUGAUUGAUUCCCGUUCUGGAGGAAUCUAUAUUAAUCCAAUAACACAAGAACGUCAUUCAUUAGAAGAAGCUAGUCAACGCGGCAUGAUUGAUUCUCAAACGUUGAGAGCGUUGACUGAGCCUUGUCUAACGGAUUAUCAAACUCGAAGAAGAAUUAAUUUGAUACAGGCUGUUGAGGCUAAACUGAUUGAUCCACGAGCCAAAACAGUUCAAUUAUCAGCUGAUAAAAUUGUAUCAUUACAAAAGGCCAUUGAAGAAGGAGCAAUACCUGCUGAAGUCGGUGACCAUUUGCGCCGUGUAGAUAAAUUGACAUUUGCCGAAGCAGUAGGGAAAGGAUUGAUAGAUGUUGCACAGGACCGAUAUACAUGCUCUGAGACAGGAAAGCAAAUGACAAUUGCCGAAGCUGUUAGCCAAGGGCUUAUUGACACUGGAACAGUAAAAAGUGGUGAUGAGCCUGGAGAGAAGACAAAUUUAGCUAGAGUAAUUGCUUCGGAUGAAUUUGAAGAAAGAUCUGGAAGAGUACAAGACCCACAAACUCGUCUCUAUCUUCCAUUCAGUGCCGCUGUUAGCCAGCGUUUGGUUGAUCCUGAUUCGUUAUUGCAUGAUUUAAAUUCUUCUAAAACAAUUACUCUUCGUGAAGCACUCAAUUUAGGACUUAUAGACUCACAAGGUCGUUACGUACCUAAAACCCAGCCUGGACAGCAUACAUCAAUUUCUCCUGUUCCUCUAAAAGAGGCAGUACAACGAGGUCUUAUUGCUCUAAUUGGUUCUCCAAUGCAAGCAGCACAGGCGGUCAGUGAAGCUCUAAAAAGACGUGAUGCUGAAGGCUAUAAAUUCCGUCUUGAACCGCUUGAUGAUGCUACUUUACAGCGUUUAAGCACUGGAAGUGGUCGCUCACCAAUACAAGAGGAAACAAUUAUUCGAACUCGUCGACCACGAGAGCCCAGCCUUUCUGAGCGUGUUCGUUCUUCAGGAGGAUACUCCGGUGAUGGGGAUGUUUCACUUCGCGGUUCACGUGUCCGUUCUGGAGAUGUUGAUCCAUUAGCAUUAGCAGAUCUGCAAAACGAUUUUAUUGCAUUAUUACAACAACAAGGCUUUGAUGUAGAUGAAAAAUGUGUUGAAAAUCCAUCUACAAUGAGAAUGAUGUCAAUUCGUGAAGCUGUUGAAUCUGGUCUUUUCGAUGUUAGCACCGGAAAUAUUGUAAAUCCAAUAUCUGGUCGUUAUUAUCCGGUUAAUCGAGCUAUCUCAAUGCGUUUAGUUCAAACAAGCCCUGAAAAAGGCCAAAAAUUGUCUGAUGCUUUGGCCCAAGCACAUGAAAAGUAUGGAGGAUUGCCUGCUUUUCGUAGAAGUGAACAACAAUUCUCUCCUGGGAGUGUCAGUCUUGGAAGCUAUGCUGGAGUAAGUGAUCCAUACCAGCGGCGAUCUUCUUUUGGGAUUGAAGUAGAUACUUCACCAACUUCUCUCCCUCCAAUAAAUAAUCGCCUUUCUUGGUCAUUUCGUAAUGUAGAUUGGAGAGGUGAUACUGCAGAAUUACGUUCUCGUCCCGAACUUGCAGAUGUUCGUCAUGCAAGUGUUGAACGUGGUAUUGAUGGUAAUCUUCCUCCAGGAAUGCCUGUUCCCUCACCAACUACUGUUAUUGGCCAAACAGGAACAGAUUUUCACCGAGAUAUCGAAGAAUUUCGCCGAGGAGAGCCGUCUGAAGGCCCUUUAAAUAUUGAUCGUACUCGUACACAUAUUUCUCCUGAUGGGCAAACUCGAACAACUACACAUUAUACACAUCACCGCAGCGAGUAUUGAAACAAUAUUUUUAGUUUAGGAUUUCUCUGUUAAAUGAGAAAUUUAUUUUUUUUUAAAUAAUUCUUAUAAAAAUAAUUUUUAUAUUUAAAACUUUAAACAUCUAUUGAUAACUUAAAAACAAGCAAAAUAAUUAUUUGGAAGAAAACCUUGAAUUAAUUAUUAUCUAAAAAAUUAAUUCUCGUAUUUUUUCUGUGUUUAAAGUUUUUCUUAUUUUUAAUUAAUUUCUUGCCGCAUUUAUUUUUAAUUUUUUAUAUAUUCCAAAUUUUUAUUAAUUUCAAUUUAAGCCAUCAUUUAAACAAUCUUUUAGCCAAUUUUUUCUU